UGGAUGGAGGAACGCCCGUGGAUUCCGCUCGUCGCUCUCUUUUUCUACGCCACCGGCAUUGUACUCGGCCAGGCCUACUUUGCCACCCGCGACGCUUGGAAUUGGCGGCGGACCAUGGCGCUCUGGAACCUUUCCCUCAGCGUCUUUUCCUUCGUAGGCCUCCUCCGCGUCGCACCCGCACUCGCACACAACGUCUGGCACUACACGUGGGCCGAAAAUCUGUGUCUCGAUCCCGAAUCGCACUUUGGGUCCGGAUCCACCGGAUUCUGGGUCAACCUCUUUGUACUCAGCAAGAUACCGGAACUGAUUGACACCUUUUUCAUUGUCAUUCACAAGAAAAAACUCAUUUUACUGCACUGGUACCAUCACAUUUCCGUACUGCUGUACUGCUGGCACAGCUACGUGGGCAAGUCCCCACCGGGCAUUGUCUUUUGCGCCAUGAACUACGCCGUCCACGCCCUCAUGUACUUUUAUUACUUCCUCAUGGCCGUGCACCGCAAACCGGCCUGGUUCCAACCCGUCUGGAUCACCGUGGCGCAGAUUUCACAAAUGGUCGUGGGGGUCGCCGUCACCGUAGCUGGCUGGUACCUCAUGCUCGUUGCACCGCCGGCGGAGGGUUGCUGGCUGUCUCGGGAAAACAACCUCGCCGCCCUCGUCAUGUACGGAUCCUACCUGUUCCUCUUUCUCCAAUUCUUCGUCGGCCGGUACUUUGGCAAGCGCAGCAAGAAAGUAACGAACAAGACCAUCAAGAAAGAAUAG